AUGGACGAUGAUCAAUGGGCAUAUUACAGUGCGAUGUCCGAAGAAGUUGAUAUGGAUUUUCGAGAUGAAGAAGAUUGUGGUGUGAAUGAAGCACAUGUUGAUUGUUUAGAUGCUUUUAAUACUUCUCAGGUCUUUGCAACCCGAGAAGAUGUUUUGAAGUGGGCUCGAACAGUUGCCCAUGAAAAUGGUUUUGUUGCAGUAAUUAUGAGGUCUGAUACAUAUACUGGUAGCAGAGGAAGAACUUCAUUUGUGUUAAUUGGGUGUGAAAUUAGCGGUAAGUACAAGUGUAGGAAGAAAGAAUUUGUUAGAAGAGACACAGGCACUAGAAAAUGUGGUUGGCCCUUUAAGAUUCGUGGAAAACCAGUGCAUGGAGGUGAGGGAUGGGCGGUGAAGCUGAUAUGUGGGAUUCAUAACCAUGAAUUGGCGAAGACCUUAGUUGGACAUCCAUAUGCUGGGAGAUUGACAGAUGAUGAGAAGAAUAUCAUUGUUGAUAUGACGAAGUCAAAUGUGAAACCAAGAAACAUCCUGCUAAUGUUGAAGGAGCACAAUAGCAGUAGUUGCACCACAAUCAAACAAAUCUUCAAUCAGAGGAGAUGA